ACCCAACUAUUUUAACAGAGUAGUCAUAGAUAAUGCAUGCUUUAUUAACGGCGAAAAUUUUCUAAAAGUGUGAUCAUUAGUUCUUGACUUAAAGCAUUAUUAAAGUUUAUUUUUGCGCCCUGCAUAGUUAUUCACGCACAAUGAAUAAUGUGUAGUUUCAGUGUCCACUGCGCAGUGUGCAGGGCACCAGUUGUCCAUUCCGAACACAGCCCGCCACUUCUCAUUGGGCGGCUAAGAGUUAAAAGGUGUUGUCGUGCGUCACGCAGGUGCCUCUCUGAAUCUUAAAUGUCAGACACGCUCGAGAGCUCACUGUAGCCUUAACGUCUGCAAAAAAAGCGCUUUACUUUCAAGUAUAUGAAAUGUUUUGUAACCGAGUUAAACCCGCAGCCUCUAAUCCGGCAGCGCCGCUAACCGCCCCCCGCGCAUCGGGCUCUCCUCCACUCCUCAAACCUCUUGACCGGAGCACACUUUAGCCACUUCUGCCCUUUUUACGCGUUGAUUUUGGGGCUGACUGCUGAACUUUUUCACCCCUGGGGAUCGCUUCCUCUUUUCCGAAAGGACUUUUACUCGCGUGGAUAUGUGGUGGAUGCUGUUUCCCAGAUGGAUCUGGUUUUUGUUGGGACAGCUUUUCUGUGUCUCGCGCUUGCAUUUGCGCGCGCGAGCGAUGCCAAUGACUCUGUCCAAAGUGGUGUAUUCUCAUGCGGGAAUGUGUCCGAACGAGAUGAACCCGAACCUGUGGGUGGACGCCAUGAGCACCUGCGCGCGGGAGUGCGAGUCCGACCAGGACUGUGAGCCGUUUGAGAAAUGCUGUUCAAAUGUUUGUGGACUCAAGAGUUGUGUGGCCGCCCGAUACAUGGACAUUCAGGGCAGGAAAGGUCCAAUGGGAAUGCCCAAAGGGGUCACCUGUGACAAGUUUAUGUGCACCCAGCAGGGUUCGGAGUGUGAAAUCUGGGAUGGACAACCAGUAUGCAAGUGCAAGGACCGUUGCGGACGGGAGCCCUUUUUCACCUGCGCCUCAGAUGGCAUGACUUACUAUAACAAGUGUUACAUGGAUGCUGAGGCUUGCACCAGGGGCAUCACUCUCACUGAAGUCACCUGCAGGUAUCACUUUAGCUUGUCUAAUACCAGCCCUCUCCCAGUGGAAACCACUGCCCGGCCCACCACUGCCCAUCCCAUAACUACUCCCAUGGACAUUCAACGUCCUGCCAUGCUCAGCAAACCAGCACACCACUUUGUUUUUGUGGGCGAAACGGCCAGCUUCCUCUGUGAGGUGACGGGAAAACCAAAGCCAGCAAUUACAUGGGAAAAGCAGAUCGAAGGUAAAGAGAAUACUGUGAUGAGACCCAACCACAUGCAAGGAAACAUAGUAGUAACUAACAUCGGCCAGCUGGUCAUAUACAACGCUCAGGUUCAGGAUGCAGGUAUAUACACCUGCACUGCCACAAACCAGGGCGGGUCCGUGCAAGCACAUUUCCCCCUUUCUGUAGUCCCUAGGGAGCAACUCAAACCAGUGCUGGUGAUGAAUUCCACUCGUCUACCUGCUGAAGAGUGCCUGAAAGCACCGGACAUGGAUGACUGCGGAGAGGAGAGUAUGAGAUGGUACUAUGAAGCCAAGCGCAACAACUGCUUCACCUUCACGUACAGCCAGUGCAACAAAAACCGAAACCAUUUUGAUGCCUAUGAUUCGUGCAUGCUGUCCUGUGGAGCGGAGCUCGCGGCACCUUGCUCCCUGCCUAGUGUGCAAGGUCCUUGCAAGGCUUACAAGCCACGCUGGGCUUACAGCCAUGCACUCAAAAAAUGCCAGUCAUUUGUUUAUGGAGGCUGCGGCGGAAACGAGAAUAACUUCGAGAGCAAGGAAGCUUGUGAAGAGAUGUGCCCAUUUCCCAAGACCCACAACUGCAAGCAGUGCAAACCCCGGCAGAAGAUGGUCCCCAGCUUCUGCAAGAGUGACUUUGUGGUUUUGGGUCGCAUUUCAGAGUUGACGGAAGAUCACGACUCUGGACAUGCCCUCAUCACGGUGGAGGAGAUCUUGAAGGAUGAGAAGAUGGGGCUGCGAUUCUUUGGGCAAGAGCCUCUGGAGGUCACACUGCUCAACAUGGACUGGAACUGUCCCUGUCCGAACAUAACGAGAGCCGAGGGACAGAUGAUCAUCAUGGGGGAUGUUCACAAUGGGAUGGCCGUGCUUCAGCCCGACAGCUUCGUUGCCACUUCCAGUGUGCGGCGUGUUCGCAAACUCCGUGAGAUCGUCAACAAAAAGACUUGUGACAUUUUGAAGGAGUUCGGCAGCACAAAGUACUAGGACAUUACAAUUCCCGAAUCUCUGGACACCCUAGAGGAGGGUUGUCAGAUGCUGCUUCUGGAGUGUAUUUUCCCCUUUUUUUUUAGCUCCAAUACGCCCGCCUUUGGGCUUGUAGUGACCCUGAAGACCUUGAAUAACUUCAGGUCUAAAGUUAAGUUCUAAAGAAGAUGAUCCUUCAGGAGCAGUGUUGGACACUCUUGUCUUAAAUCAGAGGUAUCCAUACCUGUUUCUGGAGGGCCGGUGUACCUCUAGAGUUUAGCUCUUAAAUUAUUAUUUUUUAAAUAUUGAUGCGACCUCCAAUUGACAAUAGCCCCUUUCACACACUGAUACUAGUAAAUAUC